UCUGAGUAGGAGGUGGCAACGAAAGACCAAAUGCCAUGGAUGUAUUUAAUUUCACUUACUGGAAUGCCUCCGAAGGCAAUGGCACAGAAGUUGUGGAAGAGAGCGAAAGCGCCUACAAGACUGUGGAGGUGGUGUUCAUCGUGUUGGUGGCCGGUUCUCUCAGUUUGGUUACAGUUAUUGGAAAUAUCCUGGUCAUGCUUUCCAUCAAAGUUAAUAGGAACUUACAGACGGUCAACAACUACUUUUUAUUCAGCCUCGCAUGUGCUGACCUGAUUAUUGGACUGUGCUCUAUGAACUUGUACACAGUCUACAUCGUAAUGGGCUACUGGCCCCUGGGCCCGGUGGUGUGCGACUUGUGGUUGGCCUUGGACUAUGUUGUCAGCAAUGCGUCUGUCAUGAAUCUUCUCAUCAUAAGCUUUGACAGAUAUUUCUGUGUCACCAAGCCCCUUAGCUACCCUGUCAAGAGGACCACCAAGAUGGCGGGAAUGAUGAUUGCAGGAGCCUGGGUCCUGUCUUUCAUCCUGUGGGCACCAGCUAUUCUAUUCUGGCAGUUCAUUGUCGGUGGGCGGACAGUGCCUGAGAGGGAGUGCUACAUACAGUUCUUCUCCAAUGCUGCAGUCACUUUUGGCACCGCCAUUGCCGCCUUUUACCUGCCUGUGAUCAUCAUGAUUCAACUCUACUGGCAGAUCUCCAGAGCAAGCAAGAGCCGCGUGAAGAAGGAUGUCCGCAAGCCCUCAGCAGCCAAACCCGAGCCCCUGUCGCCUGCUCAGAGGAAUAGCACUCCAAAACCCAACAAUAACAACGUACAGGGGGAGGACCCAGGUGGCUGCCAGAGCCAGAAUGCCAAGGAUGGAGCUAACCAGCACGAUGGAAAACUGCAAAAUGGCAAGGGACCUUCCUCGACAAAUGCUGAGGGAGAAACCGAAGGUGACGAUGUGGCGAGAGAGAACUGCGCUCCUGGAGAAGAGAAGGAAAGCUCCAAUGAAUCAACAUCUGGCAGUGUGGCUGCGUCCAAUCAGAAGGAUGAAGAGGCGGCACCCUCGGCCGCUAACUCCAGUGCUGAAACGAGACAGCCCCUCCCCCGCCAGCGAGCCAAGGCAGGGGGCUCCAAGCUGACCUGUAUCAAGAUCAAGACUAAAUCGCCCAAGGGUGACUGCUACACCCCGACAAACGCCACCGUUGAGAUCGUCCCGGCCUCAGAGCGGCAGAAUCACGUGGCGCGGAAGAUCGUGAAGAUGACAAAGCAACCUCCCAAGAAGAAGAAAGGACCGCCAUCACGGGAGAAAAAAGUGACCCGCACCAUUAUGGCCAUCCUGGUAGCUUUUGUUGCAACCUGGACUCCUUACAAUGUGAUGGUGCUUAUAAACACCUUCUGCUCAAGCUGCAUCCCCAACACAAUGUGGACUAUCGGCUACUGGCUGUGCUACAUCAACAGCACCAUCAACCCAGCCUGCUACGCUCUGUGCAAUGUCACGUUCAAAAAGACAUUCAAGCAUCUUCUCCUCUGCCAAUAUAAAAAUAGUAGGUCAGCCAGAUAAAUAUGGGCCACUUAGGAGGGAGAGUUGAAGUAUGAGUUGUCCGUUUGUGUGUGCCAUCUGUGAGUGUGUGUGUGUGUGUGUGUG